AUGUCCGAGGACACUGAUGUCGAAGUGCUAAUGCCAAAUGAAGACCUUCGUACUUCAACAAAUGGUGCAAAAGGAAGUGCCAAAAGAUCAAGCAACUAUACUCGUAAGGAGGACAUUCAAUUGUGCAUUUCAUGGCAGAGCAUUAGCUCAGAUCCUAUUAUUGGCAAUGAGCAACCAGGGAAGGCAUAUUGGCAGAGGAUCGCAGAGCACUACCAUGCUAACCGUGAUUUUGAGUCUGAUAGGAAUGCAAACUCUCUUGAGCACCAUUGGGGUAACAUUCAGAAGGAAGUAAGCAAGUUUCAAGGUUGCUACAAUCAAAUUGAGCGUCAUCAUCCAAGUGGCAUACCACAUCAAGAGCUUGUUCUUGAAGCUGAGGCAUUAUACUCGUCCACUGCACCAAAGAAUAGGGCAUUUCAGUUUAAUCAUUGUUGGCUCAAGUUGAGGAAUUCUCCAAAGUUUCAAACACUAGAAUCCCACAAGAGGCCACGGUCUAGGAAGUCUUUGACCCCAAUUGAGAGAGCUGGUGAAGAAGAUGAAGGAGAUGAUGCUAGCAAGAGUACAGCUCCUGAUUUAUCUCAGCCGAGUGCUAAAAAGAGACCAAUAGGUAGGAAGCAAGCAAAGGAGAAGUUGAAGAAUGGAGGAGAAGAUGGACCAUACAAAGAGGCGAUGAAAGAUUUGCUUGACGCUAAAGAGAAAGAAGCGAAAUUGAAAGAAGAGAGAUGGAAGGAAACUAAGGAGAUUCAAGAGCGCAAGCUCUUAUUUGCUGAGCGUAAGUUAGUGUGGGAUCAAGAACAGAAGAUUAUGUUUUGUGAUGUUUCCACCUUGGAACCGGAUGUGAGAACGUAUGUGUUGGCUAUGAGGGCACAGAUUGCAGCUUCAAAGGUGGCUGCCCUCAAUGGUGGAUUUGAUGGUAGUAGUGGCUUUGGAGGUGAGUUUGGUGGCGGUAAUGGAGAAGUUUGA